ACCCCAAGAGAGACAGAGAGAGAAAGAGUAGAAAGCAUGAACGGUUUUGACUCACACCAUGAUGACUCCAUGAAGAGGAGGUGGCAAGACAUGAGACUCGCCGGCGCCGUCGAAAAUCAUGGUCGGAACUACACCGGAUUUUUUGCAAGGCUUAACGGUGCAACUACUACUAACAAUUACUUCUUGAGGAGUACUGAAGAUGAGAAUUUAUCAACCGUGAUUCCACCGGUGACUGUUGUGUUAGAAGGUCGUUCCAUCUGCCAAAGGAUCAGCCUUCAUAAGCACACAAGCUACCAGAGUCUGGCGAAGGCCUUACGUCAGAUGUUUGUCGAUGUGGGUGAUGCCGGAGGAGUCUCCUCGGAGACCCAAUUCGAUCUGUCGAAUGCGGUGCCCGGUCACCUCGUCGCCUAUGAAGAUAUGGAAGAUGAUCUCCUCCUCGCCGGCGAUCUUAAUUGGAAGGAUUUUGUUCGUGUGGCUAAGAGAAUUCGAAUAAUUCCGGUGAAGGAGAAUUCGAGAAGGGGACGAGGAGGAGGUUAAUUAUUGCAUGUUACCUAGCCUUAACUACU